UUGCACUCUGUUGUUAUGGGGAUGCAUUUCUCCUCAAAAAGUGACCAUGUGACCGCAUCCCCUGUCAACCAUCUAAAAACCCCAUCUCAAGAUUUCAGCUACUAUUCAAGUAAGACAUCUGAUGUAACACCUCUAACCUCUGAGAAUAAUGUCCAACAACCAAAACCUACACCUCACAGUAAAGAUUAUUUAACAGUAUAUCAAGAACUGUCUGGUGGUUUUGAACUUGGGAAGGAUUUCCAAAGUGAGGAGCUAGGAAGAGGGACUCAAGCCAAUGUCCUGUUUUCACCAAAACCUCUAUCUUUGAGUUCCUAUGGCAAAAGUAUAUAUGUCAAUGUACCAAGAAGUCAAUUCCACAUCCCAGAUUAUUUAGCAAAAAACAGGAAAAAAACAGUCCCAUCAUUUCUGCCAUAUCAAUCCACUGUUGGAAAGGAAUCAAAGGUUACAAACUACACUCCCACUAGUCACCCCCCUGUAUCUAAUAAUUUUGUUUCUUCAACGUAUAAUCUUCCACCACAAAGUAGUAGUGAUCAUGUGAGUAUUCAGUUACGCAGCCCAGAUGAUGCUCAAAGUCAGACUUUCAAAAGGAAGCAGCCAGUCAGAUCCCACCAAGUGUUUACUGUGAAUUCCUCCAGCUCUCUUCAAGGCUCCAGCAGACAUGACAGCUUCAUCAGAGACCAGAGAGUCAGUGUUACUCGUCCUUCCAUCCUAACUGACCAGGAAAAAGACCUUUCUGAGCAGAAUCCAGUCUCUGCCAUUCAGGAACCAAGAGAAAUGACUGACAAUACCCUGAUUCCCAUUACCGAUGGCUUUGAUUCAACUUGGAGCAGGACCCAGACUUUCAUACAACCGACCAAGGUACGAAAGCUUCCAGCCAAUGUGAAUAAAGAGCCUGGCAAUGUGGCCUACUGGCCUCCUAAUCCACUGUCUGCAUCCAAAGUUUCUGGCUCUACUUUAAGGAGUGUCUUGUGGAGGAAUGGUGGCAACACAAACAGGUUGUUUCUUCAAACAGGCCCCGGUAUGUCAAAGUCAUCCGUAAAUAAAUAUGUUGUGAAGUCCAGAAAUGGCUAUGUAAGGAGCAAAGUAUAUCUAUCAAAGACCCAUUACACACCACAUCAGCUGGAUGGAGACAAAACUGGCAAACACCAACAGAAACCUGCUCCGAGGCAACAUAAAUAUAAUAACUCUGUAUCCCACAAAACAAAAGCAUUGAAAGAGAAGUAAGGGAGAAUCAGCACCUUUUCAAAUGAGAGAAAACGGAUGUGCUGCCAUCUUCAGCUGGGAGGAAACUCAAGUCUCUGCUGCUCUAAACAGUAAAGGCAUUAAAUAUUUUAAACAA